AUUAAACCACGCUACCAAGAGUGUAUGAAUAAUACUCUUGAUGCCACACGUACGUACACAAGUCUAGUGUAAUAGCAUCUUUAUUUACAUGAUAUGGCAACCAGUGUAGGAGCUCGUUCUGCUGUUGAUAAGGUAACCAAGUCCAUUUCUGGUACAAACUGCACUGUUGAAGUGUAUGCUGACCGAGAAGGAGACAUUGACUGGAACUGUGUGGGAGAGAUGGGGAUUAAACAUGUCACCGAGGAGACUGCAAGUGUGGCUGCGCUGGUUGACUUCAAGUUUGGGCAGGGCUCAAAAAGUCCUACUCAUAGAUCCCGAAAGAGUCAAACUCCCACUGAAUGGAGGUUUGUCCAUGAGAAACACGACAUAAUGGUCUUCAAAAAGCCCGUCAGGAGUUCUUCCACAAUCUUCAUGGGUCGAGGAGUAAUUAAUUCUCCACUGCGGACAGUGGCAGAGUUCUUGAAGAAUGUAGACAAUAACUUCACCUGGGACAACCUGCUUGUUGAAGCAAGGUAUGUGAGGACGCUAUCAGAGAGUGAAAGUCAAGCUGAUUACAUUGGAUAUCAACGUUUUGAGUCCACAAAAUGUUUCUUGCAGACCAACAGAGACAUGCUCUACUAUGUGAGGUGCCUUUAUAAGGAUGGUAACUACAUUCAAGCCGGAGUUUCAGUGGAUGAUCCAGAAUAUGUGAUCCCUGCUAGCUUGAAGAGAAUUGAGAUUCGCUUGGGAACUGGUUGGUAUCUAGAGCCUUACAAUGGAAGCAGCAGCAAAACACUCGUCACAUAUAUUGGAGAUACGGACCUCAAAGGUAUUCCAAACUUCAUGAUGAACCAAGUACUGAAAAGACACCCACUUGCUCUUCGCUACAUCCGCUACCAACUUACCGAAAGACCGCAAAUAGAAUCACAAUCGGAUCCUGAGCUGGAACUGACAAUCCGUUCGUCUAGGUACCAGCCUGUUGAUCACGAUGAGUCUGCGGACAGCAGUAAACGAUAUCAGGAUAACUUACCAGUGAACCAUUUUUUAACUAGAGCAUCAGAAAAACAACAGUAACCGCUAGAUGUUUAUGUUAUAUACACAAUCAUGCAUGCAUUGUUCAUAUUACAUAGCUUAACGCUCUAUGUAUAUAUAUUGACGCUGCUUUUAUAA